AUUAAAAUAGUCACACAGAAUAGUUUUUGCGUUUUACAACUUACAACACUGUUUUUCCGGCGUGCUCAUUUUUUAUCAAAAAAUAAUUUUCCAAAAUUUUUAGAAAUUUGAAUCAAUUUUGAAUUUUAGAAAUCUUUUUCGUAAAGUCUCCAUUUGCUCUCAAGUGAAUUCGUGUGAAAAUAAUGUGUACUUCGCUGUAAAAUGGAUACCGACGAUAUUUUUGCUAAAUUAUCUUUUGGAGCAGUAUUCCAUAAAACUCCAUCAAAGAAAACACCAAGUACCAAAAUCGAGCAGGUAAAAUCAGAACCAUCUAUAAAAUCUGAACCUGAACCUGAACCAGAACCACAGUCAAGUGAUGAAGGUUCUAAAAACAUCACCCUACUGGGCAAUAUCUCGAGUGAAAGUAACAAGAAGUCGUCUAAAAGCAAGAAGAAGAAAGCUCCCAAAGAAGACGUUGAGAAAAAUAAACAACUUCUGACCGAAAAAAUAAAUCAUUUUCGUAAUUUAAACCAUAUUAAUAUCUCUGGCGAAAACAUACCUAAUCCGAUCCAGAAUUUCGAUGAGUUGGCUGAUCAAUACGAUGUGUCUACUAAUCUCAUUCAGAACGUAAAAAACUGCGGGUAUUCUUCUCCGACUCCUAUUCAAAUGCAAGCCAUCCCCGUUAUGUUGAAAGGUAAACAAAUCUUAGCUUGUGCGCCUACUGGAUCUGGAAAAACAGCUGCUUUUCUUAUACCAAUCAUACAUCAUUUAAAUAGACCGAAGAAUGUUGGAUUUAGAGCUGUGAUUAUCAGUCCUACUCGAGAAUUAUCGCGUCAAACUUACAGAGAAUGUGAACGGUUAUGCGAAGGUACAGAUUUACGAAUACAUAUCACUACCAAGAUCAAAGAUACGGUUAAAAAAUCUGUUAGUGGAGCUGCGAAUAAAUAUGAUAUUCUUGUUACUACUCCGAAUAGAUUAGUGUAUCUGUUGAAUCAAGAACCUCCCUCGAUAUCUCUCAAAAGCGUUGAGUGGUUAAUCAUCGACGAAUCCGAUAAACUAUUCGAAACUGGUAUUCGAGGCUUUCGCGAUCAAUUAGCUGUGAUAUAUCAGGCAUGUGAUUCUACAAAUAUCAAACGAGCCAUGUUCAGUGCCACUUAUACCACCGAAGUAGCUAAAUGGAGCAGAAAAAACCUCAAAGAUUUGGCACUGGUUACCAUAGGACAUAGGAAUACGACAGUGGAAAGUGUAGAGCAACAGUUGAUUUAUGUAGGAAAAGAAGAAGGCAAAUUGAUCGCUAUGAGAGAUCUGAUUCGUCAAGGAAUUUCUCCUCCAGUGCUCAUUUUUCUUCAGUCGAAAGAAAGAGCUCGAGAAUUAUUUCAAGAAUUAUUAUACGAUGGAAUAAACGUCGACGUUAUUCACGCUGAUCGUACCCAGUUGCAGCGAGACAAUGCAGUGAAAGCCUUCCGUGAAGGUAAAAUUUGGGUACUGAUUUGUACAGAAUUAUUAGGACGUGGUAUCGAUUUCAAGGGUGUCAAUUUAGUAAUCAAUUACGAUUUUCCACCUACAGCUAUUUCGUAUAUACACAGAAUAGGAAGAACUGGUCGUGCUGGUAGAAAAGGAAAAGCUGUUACAUUUUUCACCGAUGAUGAUGCUCCUUAUUUAAAAAGUGUUGUUAAUGUAAUGAAAGAGUCCGGUUGUGAAGUACCAGAAUUUAUGCUUUCGUUGAAAAAAAUACAUAAAAAGAUUCGUAAGAAAAUGGAAACUAAAUUGCCAGAUCGUGGAGAUGUUGCAUCUAAACCUCACCGUUACAAGUCCUUCUUGGAUAAACAGAAGAAAGAAAAGCUUGGAAAAACUGAAAAUACCACUCAAAAUGAUGCGAAGAAAACGAAGAAAAGGAAAAAUAAAAAUCAAGAUGUAAAUAACGAUAAAAUAAAGAAAAAGAAAACCUAGCUUUGUAGUUUUUAUGGG